AUGGCCAGGGGCGAGCCACAUGACACCUCCGCCACAUGUGUUAGGCCAUCGGCGGAUUCGGCAUCGUCAUUGAGUGCCAUGUACACAGCAGGCCUUUGGGAGCCUUGCCGUGGCUCAGCCCAGUCGUCCCGAUCUGCGUCCAGCGUUUCAGACCAAGAGGCGCCAGCCCUGGUGGUCUUCACUGGUGGUACAGCAUUCAACAGCGUUGCAGGAAAGCUGCAGAAGUUCACCACGUCCGUUGCGCACGUCCUUCCUGUGUCGGACGAUGGCGGCAGCACCGCCGAGAUCGUCAGGGUCCUGGGAGGCCCUGCAGUUGGCGACAUUCGCUCUCGAUGCCUGCGACUCGCUGAUGACUCAGAUGAAGAGGCCCGAGCUGUGAGAUGCCUGCUGGCGCAUCGCCUGCCAUCGGACAGCCGCUCCCUGGCUGCCCAGGAGUGGUACGAGGUGGUGGAAGGGGAGCAUCCUCUUUGGGAGGGCGUUUCUGAGCCCUACAAGCACACCAUAAGGGCGUUUCUGGUCUACUUCCAGUCUCAAAUACUCAGGAACUCAACACAGAGGUUCAGCUUCCAGAACGGCAGCAUUGGUAACUUCUUCUUUGCGGGGGCACGACUGUUCUUCCGGUCCCUUGAUGCUGCCAUCUUCCUGUUCUCACGGGUCGCCCGUAUCCCAGAGGGCUCCCUGGUGCUGCCGGCCAUCGAAACGGAGGAAAGGAUCACACUUGGGGCAGAGCUGCUGGACGGCACCAUCGUGAGAGGCCAAUGCGAGAUUUCACACCCGAUGUCCACGUCAGGCCCCGAGAGGGUGGACAAACUGGACGAUGGGCCCCCGUUGCCCUCCCCCAUCCAGCGCGUCUUCUACCUCUCCAGCGAGGGACACCACAGCGAGCAUGAGGUCUUCCCAAAAGCCAGCCGCCGUGUGGUGGCGGAGCUGUCCUGCUGCGACGCCGUCGUCUACGGCAUGGGCUCCCUGUACACAAGCAUCUGCCCAUCCCUAAUCCUUGAGGGGAUAGGGGAGGCCAUAGCAGCCCGAAGAGUGCCUAAAGUACUGCUGCUUAACGGCAGGCAUGACAGGGAGACAGCCAGGUGCCUGGAACAUGAUGGACCGAUGUUUGCCUCAGAUGUGGCUCUGGCGAUUGCUGAUGCGCUGAACCGGCACCAUUCCAGGGACGGGCAGGUUUUGGAUAAUGGGGUGGAGCAGUACAUUACGACGGUGGUUGUGCCGGCGGGGGGCGGCAUCCAGGUGGACCAGGAGGGCCUAAGGGAACUGGGGAUUAAGUCGGUGCGGGUGGUGGCCUCUGCUGCAGGGCCCCAGGGGCAGGUGGUGUUUGAUCCGGAGGCGCUGGUGGAGUGCCUGAGGGAUGUGGUGUCGGGGGUGGCUGGUGACGGUCUGUUGAGUUUGCGCGAGUGA